GUCUGCAGCACUGACAGUGAUCCUGCUGUUGAUUGUCACAUCAGUUGUUCACCCGCAUCCUCCGCGCUUGUCCUGUGGGCCCUGAUUAGUGCUCACUGCGUCCCCUCCCCGACCCGCACGCCAAGCUGCCCACCCGUGCCCCCUCUGCCCCUGUAUCUGCUCCCUCAGCCCCUAGGCGUCCCAUGUCCUUGAGCAGAGCAGCCAUCAUCUGAGCAGCUGCAGCAUCACCAGGGCAUCUGUGCACAGCCCCACACCCAGGGGUUACUGCACCUCACCCACCCCGGGUAACUGAAUCUCCUACUCAGGGUUAACUGAUCCUACCCUAUCCAAGGGUAACUCCAGCAGGACCCCAAACCCAGGGUUAAUUACAGCUGAACCCCCAACUCAGGGGUAACUGGAGCAUGGAGGGAGGUGCCUAUGGAGCUGGCAAGGCUGGAGGAGCCUUUGACCCUCAGACUUUCAUCAGACAGCCCCACACAAUUCUCAGGAUGGUGUCUUGGGUUUUUUCCAUAGUGGUAUUCGGCUGCAUAGUCAAUGAAGGGUAUGUUAAUCGCUCAAAUGAGGAAGAGGAGCACUGCAUCUUUAACAGGAACCGCAGUGCAUGUACUUACGGUGUGUCUGUAGGGGUGUUGGCGUUCCUCACCUGCUUGGCGUAUCUGGCUUUGGACAUCCACUUUCCUCAGAUAAGCAGUGUCAAGGACCGCAAGAAAACAGUGCUGUCUGACAUUGGUGUGUCAGCUGCAUGGGCCUUCUUUUGGUUUGUUGGUUUCUGCUUCCUGGCCAACCAGUGGCAGGCUUCUAAACUAGAGGACAAUCCGUUGAAUGAAGGUGCAGAUGCUGCUCGUGCUGCCAUCACUUUUUCAUUCUUCUCCAUUUUCACAUGGGCUGGACAAGCUGUGCUGGCCUUCCAACGCUACCGCCUGGGCUCCGACUCUGCGCUAUUCUCUCAGGACUACAUGGACCCGAGCCAGGAUCAAGGUCCUCCUUAUCCUCCUUAUGCCAGCAAUGAUGACUUAGAUCCUUCUGCCGGUUACCAGCAGCCUCCUACAGAUGCCUUUGAGGCUGGCACACAGGGCUACCAGUCCCAGGAUUACUGAAGCCUCCCCUAAGGCCCUUUGACUGCUAGAGAGGCCAGGAACGUAUUGGUUCCCAGUUAGUUGCUGGCCCCACUGGCAGUGAAAGGAAAACAAAGCCUUUGAUUAUUUUUUUAUGAGAUGGGUUCAGGGAAGUUUCUCUAUUUUUAUUUUUAUGUCUGUGAAUAUUUUUUGCUUAUUUGUGUCUAUUUGUAUUUGUUAUUUUAGGAUUAUUUACAAAUUUACCAGGUUUUCUCUCUUAUUACUAGAGAUAUUGAUCCUGGCUUAUUAGUAAUAGUUAGAGGUUACCAGGCAACAUGGUCCAUUUAAAAUGGCUGGGUUGUCUAUUAUAAAGACGUUUUCCCAGUGCAUUCUGGAACAUUUAGUGACUCUUGUACAUCUCUCCCACGCAUCUUGAUUAUACCUUUAAAUUUCCCAUUGUGUCAACUCAUACACAGACUAUUCCUGCAGACAAGGAUUCUGGGUAUUGACGUGCAAAUAACUUACUGUCUGUGUUAAACCUCUUUGUUUUGGUCUGUUGCAUAAACAGCUUAAAAAGCUCUAAUAAAGCAGAAGACUGAUUUGAAUCUCAUUACGCAUAAUCCUUGUCGACGGCUUAUCCCCUAUAUGAAGAGGAGGUAGAGAAUAGGAAGACAGGACGUACAAAUACAGACUCCCUGAACUCAUAUUUUAUUUACUCCGCUGUUCAUAUAUUUAAAGGAAAAAGAGAGUUUUUAGCAGUUGGAGGCAUUUUCUAUGAUCCAUUUAAAGGGACUUUAAACAUUAAAUAAAUCAUUGAUAGGAUACUGUAUUUAUAGCAAAUAUUAGCCUGAGAAUAAUAUAUACAUGUAUUUUUUAAGAUUACAUUGGUUUUUUUAAAUAUUGAAAAAAUAUAGAGAAGUGGGCGCGGCCAUAUUGUAACUUAAGUUUCUUUUUCUGCUGAGGCCAGUUGGCGACAGUUAUAAAUGGCUUACUAGAGUGUGCAACCAAUGACUGUGUAGAAUACAGCUGUGUCUGCACUUCUAUUUUUAACAGGAAUUUGGGAAGCCCACAAUAUAUAAUAUAAAAUAUAUUGCAAAGAUGUUUUACUACAUACAGUUAAACAUUUUAUAUUAAUAUUCUGAAAUGUUUAAAAGGACAGGAAACUAAAAAAAAAUAAAAAAUCAGGAUUUGGAUAGAACAUACAAUUUAAAACAACUUUCCAAUUUACUUCCAUUAUCAAAUUUGCUUCAUUCUCUUGUUAUCCUUUGCUGAAUGAACAGCAUAGCACUACUGGCAGCGAGCUGAACACAUCUCGUUAGGCAAUCACAAAAGACACGUGUGCAGGCUCCCACGAGUGUGCGCAUUAUUUUUCAACAAGGGAUAUAAAGAGAGCAAAGUACAUUUGAAAAUAUAAAUGAAUUUAAAAGUGUCUUAAAAUGACAUGCUAUAUCUGAAUCGUGAUAGUUUAACUUUGAGUUUCCUAUCCCUUUAACGUCCCUUUAAGGAUGAGGUGAGUGAAGCCUUCUCUAGUCACAUCAGCAAACUCCUAAUAGAAUCUGUGGGUCCUGUUGCAAAAUGUAACAGAAAACACAGCAUCAGAGAACAAGAAUUAGCCUCGAAAUUGUCUCAAAUGUUAUGAAAUUAGUCAAUAUAAAUGAGCAUUCCUAUAUAUAUAUAUAAAGAGAGAGCUGGGCUGACUGACUGACUGGGGGCUGACUGACUGGGGGCUGACUGACUGACUGGGGGCUGACUGACUUACUGAGGGCUGACUGACUGACUGGGGGCUGACUGACUGAGGGCUGAGUGACUGAGGGCUGACUGACUGACUGAGGGCUGAGUGACUGAGGGCUGACUGACUGACUGGGGGCUGACUGACUGAGGGCUGACUGACUGACUGGGGGCUGACUGACUGAGGGCUGACUGACUGGGGGCUGACUGGCUGGCUGACUGACUGACUGACUGAGGGCUGACUGACUGGGGGCUGACUGGCAUCAUAGGAAAAAAAAAUAUUUCCCUAUAAAACAGAUAAAAAGGAAAUUGUAUUCUUGUCUACAAAUGCCAAUAUUAAAUGUUCAGUAGAAAUGGCUUUUAAAGGGACAGUCUAGUCAAAAUUAAACUUUCAUGAUUCAGAAAGAGCAGCAAUUUUAAGCACCUUUCUAAUUUACUCCGAUGUUCCAUUUUUCUUUGUUCUCUUGACAUCUUUAUUUGAAUUUAUGCUUACGAGCCCGCCCAUUUUUGGUUCAGCAUCUGGGUAGUGCUUGCUGAUUGGUGGCUACAUUUAGACACCAAUCAGAAAGCGCUACACAGGUGCUGAACAAAAAAAUGGGCCAGCUCCUAUGCUUGCAUUCUUGCUUUUUCAAAUAAAGAUAGCAAGAGAAUUAGAAAUUAGAAAGUUGCUUAAAAUCGCUGCUCUAUCUGAAUCACAAAAGUUUAAUUUUGCCUAGGCUCUCCCUUUAAAGGUUUUGUAAUAUGUAGCCAAAAAUAGUUACACGAUACCUAAUCUUACACGCGAGUCGCCGCACAGUUCUGGGAUGUGUCGUUUUCACCAUUCUGCAAGCGCUAAAAUGUAUCAGUUUCCUUUUUAUCAUUUAUGGCUAAAACAUCAGACAAAUUAGCCGUAGAAACUCUGACUGUUAAUGUCGCCUUUUACACCUCUCUAAAGUCUUAGAAUUAAGUUCUUUAAAAUACACAAGGUUUUCUUUUUUAAAUCCAGUGCGCUGAUGUCUGAGACAGGUCCAUUCGCGUACUGAGAAGUGUUGUCAUUACUAACGGUAUUAGAGGCCGCCACUUACAUUUGGAAAAAUGAUGAUGAGUAAAAUUCUUGAAAACAUUGUUCUGAUCCAGAUAUUUAUUAAGUCCUUGAAUUAUUAUGUGUUUAUCUCUAUUGCAGGGGUCCACCAUAAUGAUUAGGUAGAUAGCAAUAAAAUUACUGCUCAGUUUUAUUAGAUUUCUACCCAUUGGCUGCCAGAGAUCACUGUAGUCUCUAACAAAAACAGAAAUAAUAGAAAUGAAUACCUAUUUAUGAUAUUUAAAAGCCUCUUUCUAUCUUAAAAGAGCAACGUUUCUUGAUCCAUAAUAAAGAGCAGCAUUUAAAUAUGUAGGCACCCCCCCCCCCCCCAUAAAAAUAACUGUAAAAGCAGUUUAAAUGGAAUAGUAAUAUACCAGUAUCUGCUGUGCAAUUCUCACAAAUACGCAUUAGUCUAUAGGUACUUCCUACUGAUGCUUCAUGCGCAGAAGUGCCUAUAACCCAAUGCGCAUUAACAGAAAGUUUCUAUAAUAUCUAUAAUCAUAAGUAGGACGCACACAACCGAUAUUGACUAAUACAUUUUAGCUUAAAUUUAAAAUAAAAUAAAAUAUUUAUUUCACUUUUUUUCAUGCAUACAAAAAUAACUGGAUGAUGGAAUUUUUGUUUGUACUCUGUCCCUUUAAGUGGGAAUUCACCAAAGCUGGAAUAUGUUCUCUCUCUCUCUCUCUCUCUCGUUCUCUCUCGUUCUCUCUCUCUCGUUCUCUCUUUCUCGUUCUCUCUCUCUUGUUCUCUCUCUCUCUCUCGUUCUCUCUCUCUCUCUCUCUCGUUCUCUCUCUCUCUCUCCCUCUCUCUCUCCCUCUCUCGUUCUCUCUCCCUCUCUCUCUCUCGUUCUCUCUCUCGUUUUCUCUCUCUCUCUCGUUUUCUCUCUCUCUCUCGUUUUCUCUCUCUCUCUCGUUUUCUCUCUCUCUCUCGUUUUCUCUCUCUCUCUCGUUUUCUCUCUCUCUCUCGUUUUCUCUCUCUCUCUCGUUUUCUCUCUCUCUCUCGUUUUCUCUCUCUCUCUCGUUUUCUCUCUCUCUCUCGUUUUCUCUCUCUCUCUCGUUUUCUCUCUCUCUCUCGUUUUCUCUCUCUCGUUUUCUUUCUCUCUCUCUCUCUCUCUCUCUCGUUUUCUUUCUCUCUCUCUCUCUCUCUCUCGCUCGUUU